GUUCCUUAAAUAUUUUCUCACUGCCUCCUAUUAAAGGAGGAACAGAGCAUUUGUACUUCAGCCUCGUACUUUCCUUCCACUGGCCAGCAUUCUCCUCCAUUAGACUAGAACUGUGGAUCAACCUCAGAAAAUGGCCACCCAGCAGGAAGCCUCUGAUGAGAGGAUCUCCCAGUUUGAUUAUGAUUUUCUGCCAGAGCUGUCUGCUAUUCUGGGCAUAGAUGCAGUGCAGUUGGCAAAGGAAAUGGAAGAAGAUCAGCAGAAAGUGCAGGCAAAAAUGCGGAAAGGCUACAACUCUCAAAUGCGCAGUGAAGCGAAAAGGUUAAAGACUUUUGUGACCUAUGAACCGUACAGCUCAUGGACACCGCAGGAGAUGGCGGCCGCUGGGUUUUACUUCACUGGGGUAAAAGCUGGGGUUCAGUGCUUCUGCUGUAGCCUCAUCCUCUUUGGUACCAGCCUCAGGAGACUCCCCAUAGAAGACCACAAGAAGUUUCAUCCAGACUGUGGGUUCCUUCUGAACAAGGAUGUUGGUAACAUUGCCAAGUAUGACAUAAGGGUGAAGAAUCUGGGGAGCAGGCUGAGAGGAGGUAAAAUGAGGUACCAACAAGAGGAGGCUAGACUUGGAUCCUUCAGGAACUGGCCAUUUUAUGCCCAAGGGAUAUCCCCACCUGUGCUCUCAGAGGCUGGUUUUGUCUUUACAGGUAAACAGGACACGGUACAGUGUUUUUCCUGUGGUGGAUGUUUAGGAAAUUGGGAAGAAGGAGAUGAUCCUUGGAAGGAACAUGCCAAAUGGUUCCCCAAAUGUGAAUUUCUUCAAAGUAAGAAAUCCUCAGAGGAAAUUGCCCAGUAUAUUCAAAGCUACAAGGGAUUUGUUGACAUAACGGGAGAACAUUUUGUGAAUUCCUGGGUCCAGAGAGAAUUACCUAUGGCAUCAGCUUAUUGCAAUGACAGCAUCUUUGCUUACGAAGAACUACGGCUGGACUCUUUUAAGGACUGGCCCUGGGAGUCAGAGGUGGGAGCUGCAGCACUGGCCAAAGCAGGUCUUUUCUACACAGGUAUAAAGGACAUCGUCCAGUGCUUUUCCUGUGGCAGGUGUUUAGAGAAGUGGCAGGAAGGUGAUGACCCAUUAGAGGAUCACACCAGAUGUUUUCCCAAUUGUCCAUUUCUCCAAAAUAUGAAGUCCUCUGUGGAAGUGAUUCCAGACCUUCAGAGCCCUGGUGAAGUUUGUGAAUUACCGGAAACCACAAGUGAAAGCCAUCUUGAAGAUUCAAUAGCAGUUGAUCCUAUAGUGCCAGAAGUGGCACAGGGUGAAGCCCAGUGGUUUCAAGAGGCGAAGAAUCUGAAUGAGCAGCUGAGAGCAGCUUAUACCAGCGCCAGUUUCCGCCACAUGUCUUUGCUUGAUAUCUCUUCCGAUCUGACCACGGACCACUUGCUGGGCUGUGAUCUGUCCAUUGCUUCAAAACACAUCAGCAAACCUGUGCAGGAGCCCCUGGUGCUGCCUGAGGUUUUUGCCAGCUUGAACUCUGUCAUGUGUGUGGAGGGUGAAGCUGGAAGUGGAAAGACGGUUCUCCUGAAGAAAAUAGCUUUUCUGUGGGCGUCUGGAUGCUGUCCCCUGUUAAACAGGUUCCAGCUGGUUUUCUACCUCUCCCUUAGUUCCACCAGACCAGAUCAGGGGCUGGUCAAUAUCAUCUGUGACCAACUCCUAGAGAAAGAAGUGUCUGUUACUGAAAUGUGCAUGAGAAACAUCCUCCAGCAGUUAAAGAAUCAGGUCUUAUUCCUUUUAGAUGACUACAAAGAAAUAUGUUCAGUCCCUCAAGUCAUAGGAAAACUGAUUCAAAAAAACCACUUGUCACGGACCUGCCUAUUGAUUGCUGUCCGUACAGACAGGGCCAGGGACAUCCGCCAAUACCUAGAGACGAUCCUAGAGAUCAAAGCAUUUCCCUUUUAUAAUACUAUCUUUAUAUUACGGAAACUCUUUUCACAUAAUAUGACUCGUCUGCAAAAGUUUAUGAUUUACUUUAGAAAGAAUGAAAGUUUGCAGAAGAUUCAGAAAACUCCUCUCUUUGUGGCAGCGGUCUGUGCUCAUUGGUUUCAGUAUCCUUUUGACCCAUCCUUUUAUGAUGUGGCUGUUUUCAAAUCCUAUAUGGAACGCCUUUUCUUAAGGAACAAAGUGACAGCUGAACUUCUCAAAGCAACUGUAUCCUCCUGUGGUGAGCUGGCCUUGAAAGGGUUUUUUUCAUGUUGCUUUGAGUUUAAUGAUGAUGAUCUCACAGAAGCAGGGGUUGAUGAAGAUGAAGAUCUAACCAUGUGCUUGAUGAGCAAAUUUACAGCCCAGAGACUAAGACCAUCCUACCAGUUUUUAAGUCCUGCCUUCCAAGAAUUUCUUGCGGGGAUGAGGCUGAUAGAACUCCUGGAUUCAGAUAGGCAGGAACAUCAAGAUUUGGGACUGUAUUAUUUGAAACAAAUCAACUCACCCAUGAUGACUGUAAGCGCCUACAACAAUUUUUUGAACUAUGUCUCCAGCCUCCCUUCAACAAAAGCAGGGCCCAAAAUUGUGUCUCAUUUGCUCCAUUUAGUGGAUAACAAAGAGUCAUUGGAGAAUAUAUCUGAAAAUGAUGACUACUUAAAGCACCAGCCAGAAAUUUCACUGAAGAUGCAGUUAAUUAGGGGGUUGUGGCAAAUUUGUCCACAAGCUUACUUUUCAAUGGUUUCAGAACAUUUACUGGUUCUUGCCCUGAAUAUUGCUUAUCAAAGCAACACUGUUGCUGCGUGUUCUCCAUUUGUUUUGCAAUUCCUUCAAGGGAGAACACUGACUUUGAAAGUACUUAACUUACAGUACUUUUUCGACCACCCAGAAAGCUUGUCAUUGCUGAGGAGCAUCCACGUCUCGAUAAAAGGCAAUAAGACAUCACCCAGAUUCGAUUUUUCAGUCCUGGAAGCAUGUUUGGACAAAUCACAGGCACCAACUAUAGAUCAGGACUAUGCUUCUGCCUUUGAACCUAUGAAUGAAUGGGAGCAAAAUUUAGCUGAAAAAGAGGAUAACGUAAAGAGCUAUAUGGCUAUCCAGCGCAGGGCACCACCAGACCUUAGUACUGGCUAUUGGAAACUUUCUCCAAAGCAGUACAAGAUUCCCUGUCUGGAAGUCCAUGUGAAUGGUAUUGAUGCUGUAGACCAGGAGAUGCUCGAGAUUCUAAUGACAGUUUUCUCAGCUUCACAGCGCAUCGAACUCCAUUUAAACCACAGCGGAGGCUUUAUUGAAAGCAUCCGCCCAGCUCUUGAGCUGUCUAAGGCCUCUGUCACCAAGUGCUCCAUAAGCAAAUUGGAACUCAGUGCAGCCGAAGAGGAACUGCUUCUCACCCUGCCUUCCCUGGAAUCUCUUGAACUCUCAGGGACAAUCCAGUCACAAGACCAAAUCUUUCCUAAUCUGGAUAAGUUCCUGUGCCUGAAAGAACUGUCUGUGGAUCUGAAGGGCAACAUAAAUGUUUUUUCAGUCAUUCCUGAAGAAUUUCCAAACUUCCACCAUAUGGAGAAAUUAUUGAUUCAAAUUUCAGCUGACUGUGAUCCUUCCAAACUAGUAAAAUUGAUUCAAAAUUCUCCAAACCUUCAUGUUUUCCAUCUGAAGUGUAACUUCUUUUCGGAUUUUGAGUCUCUCAUGACUGCACUUGCUUCCUGUAAGAAACUCACAGAAAUUAAGUUUUUGGAUUCAUUUUUUGAAGCUGUCCCAUUUGUUGCCAUUUUGCCAAAUUUUAUUUCUCUGAAGAUAUUAAAUCUUGCAGGCCAGCACUUUCCUGAUGAGGAAACAUCGGAAAAAUUUGCCUACAUUUUAGGUUCUCUUAGUAACCUGGAAGAAUUGAUCCUUCCUACUGGGGAUGCAAUUUAUCAAGUGGCUAAACUGAUCAUCCAGCAGUGUCAGCAGCUUCAUUGUCUCCGAGUCCUCUCAUUUUUCCAGACUUUGAAUGACGACAGCGUGGUGGAAAUUGCCAAAGUAGCAAUCAAUGGAGGUUUCCAGAAACUUGAGAACUUAAAUCUUUCAAUCAAUCACAAGAUUACAGAGGAAGGAUACAGAAAUUUCUUUCAAGCACUGGACAACAUGCCAAACUUGCAGGAGUUGAACAUCUCCAGGCAUUUCACAGAGUGUAUCAAAGCUCAGGCCACAACAGUCAAGUCUUUGAGUCAAUGUGUGUUACGACUGCCAAGCCUCAUUAGACUGAACAUGUUAAGUUGGCUCUUGGAUGCAGAUGAUAUUGCAUUGCUUAAUGUCAUGAAAGAAAGACAUCCUCAAUCUAAGUACUUAACUAUUCUCCAGAAAUGGAUACUGCCGUUCUCUCCCAUCAUUCAGAAAUAAAAGAUUCAGCUAAAAACUGCUGAAUCAAUAAUUUGUCUUGUGGCACAUUGAGGAUGUAAAAAAAGUUGUUCAAUUAAUGCUAAAAACCAAAUUAUCCAAAAUUAUUUUAUUAAAUAUUGCAUACAAAAGAAAAUGUGUAAGGCUUGCUAAAAAACAAAACAAAACAAAACAAAAAACAGUCCUGCAUACUCACCACCAAGCUCAAGAAAUAAAUCAUCACCAAUACCUUUGAGGUCCCUGAAAAAUCCACCCCAGCUAAAGGUAAACCCUUCAAUCAAGUUGAUACAGCUAACCCUCUAUUGUCCAUGGUCAACAGGGAAGGGGUUGGGGACAGAUCUGCCAAUCUAUCUAAAAGCCACAAUAUGGAAGAAGUGUUCAAUUUAUAUAAUAAAUGGCUAACUUAA